UGCCGCAUCUACUGCAAGAAUGAAGACCAUUCUCAGCAAUCAGACUGUCGACAUCCCAGAAAAUGUCGACAUCAGUCUGAAGGGGCGCACAGUCAUUGUGAAGGGGCCCAGAGGAACCCUGCGGAGGGAUUUCAAUCACAUCAAUGUGGAACUCAGUCUCCUGGGAAAGAAAAAGAAGAGGCUCCAGGUUGACAAAUGGUGGGGAAAUAGAAAGGAACUGGCAACUGUUCGCACGAUCUGUAGUCAUGUACAGAAUAUGAUCAAGGGGGUUACACUGGGCUUCUGUUACAAGAUGAGGUCUGUGUAUGCUCACUUCCCCUUCAACGUGGUUAUUCAAGAGAAUGGGUUUCUUGUUGAAAUCAGAAAUUUCUUGGUGUCUCAAGCCCAGAAAGAUGAAUUAGUCGUUGAAGGAAGUGAUAUUGAACUUGUUUCAAAUUCAGCUGCUUUGAUUCAGCAGGCAACAACAGUUAAAAAUAAAGAUAUCAGAAAAUUUUUGGAUGGUAUCUAUGUCUCUGAAAAAAGAACAGUUCAGCAGGCUGAUGAAUAA